AUGGCACUUUUGCCAAAAAGACGUUCGAGCUCCCGUUUAAGGGCGAAGGAGAGGGUUGAUUACUACAAAAUGCUCAACCCCCCAAUCAUCAGGAUGGGCAGCGCCAAAAAGCGUCAACGAAAGCAAAAAGCAGUUGCUAAGCCCAAGCCUAAGUCCGUUGUCGAAAAGCGGAGCAGAAGUACAAGAUCUAAUGUUCGUCAAAAGAAGCAACAACAUGCAGCGGCGGUGAUGGACGCAAGCGGAGCACUGAAGAGUUUCCCGGCACUCGUAAGAACAACAUUUGUGUACACGACUUCCGUAGGCUAUGGUAGCCCGAAAGUGAAGACAUUAGCAGAUCUAGCUGAAAUGAGACGACCAAUUACGCGAUCUCUAGGAACGUUUCGUGAAAUUCCUAUAAGUGCUGUGGCUUUGGAACCUCCAAAACGAAGGUCGAAUCGUGUCCGGCAGGAACCGAAAGCAAGGCAAAAUACGAAUAACACGGUAUCGGGCGAGUUUGCAGUCAACAUUCGCAAUGCACAUCAAGCCCUGAAAAAUAUGGCAAGACCCUAUACUGGUGAUAAACUUUCGAUAGCCAUAAAGCAAGCUUUUCUAGACAUCAGUCCACAGGAUUUUGACUAUGCGCUAAAACAGCUGGCUCACACUGUGAUCUGCAGAGAAGGAGUCCUCGCAUUCAACGUGAAUCAUGGUAUACCUGGGGAUAACUUGAGAAUUGUAAAGGAAGAUAACGACUAG